CGGCUCGUUUAGACGGCACAUCAGUAGUUUGAACGCUUACUGCAAUGAUGGCGGACGAUCAAAUUUUGCAGGGAGUUCCUCCUUCUCUCUCUGCUAAAGUGGUUGGGUCAUUUGCUUAUUUGACAGUGAAAGACAGGUUGCCGACUAUCCUGACUAAAGUCAUAGACACAAUACAUCGCAACAAAAACAUGUUUUUUGAAGAAUAUGGAGAGGAAGGGAUCCAGGCAGGGAAACAAACAAUAUCUCUGCUGUCUAAGAUGAGGAAUGAGUUGCAGACUGACAAACCAGUGCUCGUCUUGACUGAUGGUCUACAAGACACAGAGUCAUGGAACCAGUAUCUGCUGAGACAGCAGCGACUACAGGGGGACCAGGAUCCUGUCAGUUGGUUUAAGUCUCCGUGGCUUUAUGUGGAGUGCUACAUGUACCGCAGGAUACAGGAGGCUCUCUGGCUCAAUCCUCCUAUCAGUGACUAUGAUGUCUUCAAUGAAGGGAAGACUCAGAGUUAUUUUGAGUCUCAGCAAGCUGUGAUGGCCUUAUGUACAUACAUGGAGGAAGUCAGCAAGAACAUGGAGGGAAUCUCCAAGAAUCAGCUGCUUGACCAUUUUAACAAACUGCUACAGGUGUCUCUAUGGGGCAACAAGUGCGAUCUUUCUAUCUCUGCUGGCCAAGAAAACUCUCAGAAGACCAGCCCAUUAGAUUCCCUGAACAGCCUCCAACCGUUCAUCUUGGUGGAUGACUAUAACAUGGUGUGGUUGACUCUGACUUCCACAAAGAGUUCAGGACAGCUGGAGAGAACCUCAGCAGGCAGAGUGGACAUUGUUCUAGACAACGCUGGCUUUGAGCUGGUCACUGACUUGAUUUUUGCUGAUUUCCUCGUUUCCUCCGGGCUUGUCCGUGAAGUCCACUUUCACGGCAAAUGCAUCCCAUGGUUUGUCUCUGAUGUUACAGCUCGGGAUUUUCAGUGGACUAUUAGGCAGACCAUGGCAUCCAAUCACAAGUGGAUGUCCAAGAGUGGUGCCAAGUGGCAGACGUACCUGAAGGAGGGGGUGUGGUCCUAUCAUGACCAUCCUUUCUGGACAAUGCCCCAUGAGUUUUGUGACAUGGCAGCUGAUGCUCCUGAUCUGUAUGCAGUCCUGAAGGAAGCAGACCUGGUGCUGUUUAAAGGUGAUCUCAAUUACAGAAAGCUAACUGGAGACAGAGACUGGGAUCACACCGUUAGCUUCGACACUGCGCUACGAGGUUUUGGGCCUGCUCCGCUGUGUAGUCUGAGGACUCUUAAGGCCAAUGUUCAGGUUGGUCUGCAGUCGGGCCAAGGAGAGAAGCUUGACUCCCAAGAUCCAGACUGGAUGACCAGCGGCAAGUACGCUGUCAUUCAGUUCUUCUGCCCAAAGUCCGAGCAGACCUGAGGAUUGCACUGGAAAGACAUGGAUCAUAAGAGCAUUACACUAAGAAGUGUCAUAGGAGAAGCCAUAAAAACAAAAAAAUGCUGUUCUACAUGUAAAAGGUUGUUAAAUUUGUUCUUUAUCAUUAAUUAGCACUUAGUGAUAUUUGAUACUGAAAUGCACUGGAACAAAAAAUUUAUGAAUGAUUUUCACCACUGAUUUGUCUCAUAUCGUACUCAGAAUGACAAUUCUGUUGCUAAGAUCCUUAACUGGUAUAGCGUCAAGACCCACCACCUCCUCCUUCAUGAGAAAUCCUAACCCUUUCAGCCACUCAGUUAUUUAAUAAAUGUUAAAGUUCGGACCUUAGCCUAGAAAACAUGAUUGACCAAAGAGUCAGAAGAAAAUCACAUGAUUAAAAGAAUUUUUAAAAGCACAUUGUCACAGAAGACCUAUGGGAACAUGCGUAGAUUUUAUUUCACUGUUUCCUGUGAUAGUGAGUACAUUUUGAUUGUUUACUACAGAUCACAAGACAUUAACACAUUAUCAUGGGAAAACCAGCUUUGUUAUCCCAAGAACAAGAUAAAUAAGUUGAGAUCUUGAGUAAACAACCAAAAACCUACUUACUUACCAACCUACUUUUGCAAAAAGGAGUAAAAUAAAAUGAACUGCUCAAUGCUCACUUUGGGCUUAGUACAUCAUAGACUAUUUGCCACAUAAUUUUACAGGCACACACGACUCACCAAAAACAGCUCUGCAAUCCACUUUCUGAUCCCAACCCGGACUGCUCUUUUACAUCUAAAUGUUCCUCAGUGGUUUGAACACAACAUUUGUUUACAGUGGCACUUUUAUCUACAGAUGUCAUAAAAUAAUGUUGCUUUGUAUUGUUAACUGCUCAUGUGUUGUGCACAAGAAAUACAAUGCAGUGUUUACAGUAUAUUGCACACCUGCUUUUAAAAAUUAUUGAGUACAAAUUGGUCUUACAGUUUAAUUUUAGAGCAGCAAUGCUUGUGUUUAUGCAUGAAUUUGAGGAGACUAAUGAUUAAUGUAAUAUUAAGUGAUUUUAAUUCAGCUCAGCUCAGCUCAGGUUGUUGCUUUUGCACUCUGCCAUUAUUAUGCAUGCAUCAAAACAUGCAGAAAAAACUCACAAAGGCAGAUCAUAACAUUUUAAGACUGUUUUGCACAGUUAAAAGAUAGUAGACAGUCAUUGAGGAAGUGUAACAAAAACAGUGAUUUUUUUUUCUUGUUUAAAAUUGCAACCCAGACCUUUAUAUCCUUACUGAUUAAAAAGUGGAUGUCUCACUAUUACAUUUUCUUACUCCUCACUGUCAGUGUCAGUACCUUAGAGGGGGUGUGAACUGCAUUUUUGUACAUGCUGCUGCUGGGGAAACUAUAUUGCUUUCACUGGUGAUUUUCAAUUAAUAAAGAACUGGACGGACUGCUCUUUAACCUUAGACUGUUGUAAUUCACAAGUGUGAGAUGGAAAUUGGGGCAAUAAAACAUUUCGUUUCCA